AUGGCACUUCCAGUCCAGGUCUGGGAGUUAAGUUCUGGCAAAUGUUUGAAGACGCUGAAAGGUCACAGUAACUAUGUGUUUUGUUGCAAUUUCAACCCACAGAGUAAUCUUAUAGUAUCUGGAAGUUUUGAUGAAAGCGUUCGAAUAUGGGAUGUACGAACAGGUAAAUGUUUGAAAACGUUACCAGCACACUCAGAUCCAGUAUCAGCGGUGCAUUUCAACAGAGACGGAAGCCUCAUUGUAUCCUCAAGUUAUGAUGGUCUAUGUCGAAUCUGGGACACAGCCUCCGGACAGUGCCUAAAAACACUCAUAGACGACGACAACCCACCGGUGUCCUUUGUAAAGUUCUCUCCCAAUGGCAAGUACAUCCUCGCUGCUACUCUGGACAACACGUUGAAGCUCUGGGACUACAGUAGAGGCAAAUGUCUCAAGACGUACACAGGGCAUAAGAACGAAAAGUAUUGCAUUUUCGCCAACUUCAGCGUCACUGGUGGAAAGUGGAUAGUAUCGGGCUCAGAGGACAACCUGGUGUACAUAUGGAACCUGCAGUCGAAAGAGAUAGUACAGCGGCUGUCCGGCCACACCGACACAGUGCUGUGCACGGCGUGCCACCCCACCGAGAACAUCAUCGCGUCCGCGGCGCUCGAAAACGACAAGACCAUAAAGCUCUGGAAGAGUGACACGUAAUACUGAUUGGAAACACACGCACAGACAGCGUUUUACAAAAAAAAAAAAAAAUUGGCUCCAUAUUGAGAGCCUUGGCCUUUGGCUUUGUGAAUACAUAGUUUUACUUAAGGUUUACUUAGUGUAACAGACAGUCAGACGAAAUGUUAUUUCAUAUCUAAAGAUACACUUAAUCAAUCAACCUUUGAAUGUGUGAUUUUUUCCUUUCUUUGUUAUUACUAUAUUAGGGCCAUAGCAGACGCGAUGCUUUUAGCAACGGCGAUUUCAUGACUUCAUGACGACUUUCUGGGUUCAAUCGCUGCAUUAAAAUCGCGCGAUUCAGCGAUUGUUUCGAUGCUGCAUCGCGUUUUGAUGAUUUUCUGCUUUCGAUCGCUGUAUAAAUGAAAUCGACUUGAUCGCUGCGACUGGAGAUUGUAUGUGCGCGGAGUUGAGCAAACUGCGAAAAGCAAGUGAAUCGCCGAUCGCUGAUGCUGAAAGCAUCGGGUCUGUUAUGGCCCUUAGAUAUUUUUGUAACUGGCGUGCAAAUGAAAGGUGGAGAAAGUGUGUUGCCUUUUUGUUUUUAGUUUAUAUUAAGUUAUAAGGAUCCUAAAGAAUUAAAAAAGCUUAAGAAUAACUUGUUGGAUGCAAUUAAAAAUUUAGUAGUUA